AUGAAACCUCCUUCCCAUUACAUAUUUUCUCUGCGGUUGAUUGAUUCUGUUGUGUUAAAAGUUGUAGCACUGCAGAGACAGGGUCGUAGUACGAAGGAUUUUAGAUGGGUGUCUGGUCGUGUGGGCCUCACAGUUACAGUUUCACACAACACAAAUCUCCCCCGUGCAUUCCGCGAGAUGCUGCUCCUUUCCGUCCUCUAA